AUGGAUGCCGACGUUUUACCUCUGACCGUCAACUUCAAAGACGGGAGCUCUGCUCAUUUUAGCAUCAAUGCUUUGGCUCACAAGGCGACAACGGAGGUUGAAAACAUGAGCGCCGCGCUCGAGCUUCACCUCGGUGCCUUGCAGAUGAGGGUGUCGGGAUCGCCCAGAGGUCUGCAGUCUUCCUGUUCGUCCUUCGAGACAGUCAUCAACAAAUUGCGAGCACUGGUGGCAGAGGUCAGAGCAAAUCAGGCGGAAGGUCUCAUGACAGCGUCCGUUUCUCGCCUCGAUGAGGCGACUCUUAGUCUGCAAGACGUUUGCGAAGACCUGAAACAAGGUCAGGGCCUCUUCGAUGACAUCGCUCGCGCCAAAAUUGAUCUCAAGAAGCUGCUGGAGGAGAAGAGCGCCCAAACUGAGCAUGUGACCAAGCUAGAACGCAAGAUCUUCGAGCUGAAGAAGGGCGUAUCCGAUGCCGAACUGGUCAAAUCCGAGAGGAUGCAGCUGCUUUGUCUGGACAAAGAGUUUGCCCUGCGAGCACGAUACGACAAUCAACAACAGUGCGACCGUCAAGAGAUGAAAGGGGUCGUCGCCUCGCUGGAACAGCGAUCGGUUACGGCCGCCAACGAGAAUGCAAGACUCCAGCACGAGCUGCAGUAUUACCACGCCUUGGCGCGCAACAACAAGAUUGGUAUCACUGAUCAAACUCGCACUGGCCAGGUCGGCACCCCUAUCCGCUAAAGACGUCAGCUUGUAGCGCUACGGGUCACUGCAUACGUACCUCCUGCUCUUAUGCUCGUUGAUUGGGCGGGAGCAGGAUCACUCACGAACGACUUUGCCUUCCACCCAUCGAAUUAUCUCAAUGACAUUCUUGUAAUAUCUGGAGUCCGAACUCAGUUUCCCGUCAUCAGCUC